AUGGAUUUAUUGAAAAUCCUAGAUACUAAACCAGUACCAACAAUUGUUGAUUCUCAAACGCUAGGUGCAUCAGGUAAUGUCUCUGGCGAUUAUUGGUUACCCACGACAAUGUGUCUAUACCAAAAAGAGUUAACAGAUCAAAUUGUAUCAUUACAUUAUUCGGAUAUUCUAAGAUAUUUCGAAACUACCGAUUAUAAAGCAGAUGUUGUUCUAGAGUCGAUGAGAACAAUGUGUUUAAAUAGCGAAUAUGUGGCAACACAUCCAUAUUUAUUAAUUGAUCAUUAUAUGCCAAAAUCAUUGAUUACUAGAGAUAUUCCUGCUCAUUUAGCUGAAACAAGUGGGAAAUUUGUCGUAUUAAAAGACUUGGUAAACUUAGUUCAAAAAUAUGAAACAAAUACUGCUAUCAUAUGUAGACCAGGAAGAACAAUGGAUUUAAUAGAGGCAUUACUAUUAGGUAAUAAAGUAAAUAUUAAAAGGUAUGAUGGUUCUUCUAUUAAAUCUAAACAAAAGAAACCAAAGAGCUAUGCAUGUACAUGCCAUUUAUUCCCAUCAUCUAUUACAAAUACAAAAAAAUUCCAAAUUACUAUUUCUGAUAAAUUUGAUAUGCUAAUAUGUGUAGACCCAUCCGUUGACACAGAUGCUUCCCAUAUCCAAAAGAUUUUGAAACAUUCUAGAUCUGGUAAAGGUUCUGAUGCAAAAGCUCCCAUUGUGAGAUUAAUCAGUAUCAAUUCUGUCGAUCAUUGUAACAUUUAUUUUAGUAAGAGCUACCCUAAGGACUCAACCGAACUAUUAUCAAAAAUAACAGCAGGUGUUGUAGUACUAAGAGAUAGAGUCGGGACGUUGCCUCCAGAUCUGAGACCUAUAUACUCUCAACAUCUAAACUAUCUUGUGGAAUGGUUAGAAGAUUCAAAUUUACCUUGGCCACUACCUGAUGUAUAUCCAAUUAAAAAAUAUAAUCCAAUGGAUGUCGAACGUUCAUUACUUAGUGAGGUUAAAUUUAAUCAAGUGGAAGAUUUAGAUGCGAUUUUUAAUUCAAACUUGAAGAAACGGAGUAGACAUAAGGACCGUAAUGGAGACGGAGCUUAUAAUCAUAAGAAUAAAUCUUAUUAUAAUUUAAAGAGGUUAAAAAAUGAUUAUUCGACUAAUCCAACCAAACAAGGUAUGAAACAACUCACAGGCAUUACUACUGGUGGAGGGGAGGAUUCUAUUAACUAUCAUUUGGUAAGUGGUAUAUUGACACACAAAUUGAUUCAAUCUAUUGGCCAAGUAUAUUAUGAUAUCGAGAGACAAGUAGAUGAUUUGAAGGAUUAUCAAAAUAUGAAUAAAAUCGAAGAUGACCAUGUUACCUUCUAUACCAAAGAAUGUGAUUCAAUAAAUAUAAUAUUUCAAGAUUUCAAUAAAUUAAUUGAAAAAUUUAACGAAGAUUCAAAGAAGUUAGAAUUAUCUAACAAUAGAAAUUUUGAAGUAGUCCAACAAAUGGAGACCAAGUAUACAACAUCAGUAACCAAUUUUGAAUGCAAAAAUGAUUUAGAUAAAAAAUUGAAAGAUUUCAUCAUGGAGAAGAAAACUGUAUUGGAAGAACUAGAAAGGGAAGAAGGACAAAAAGAGUCUAGGUUGAAAGAAAAAGAAUAUAUGACAUUAGAAAUCAAAAGAGCUAACGAAGCUAUUACUACAUCCACUGACGAAAUAAAUAAACUGAAGACUGAAUCGGAAAAUAUUGAAAAUACUAUUCGUGCUAAAUUUGAAAGAGAUUCUAUGACACAAAUAAAUGUAAAUAUAAGAAUCGACAACUUAAAGGAAGAGUUAAAGAACGAGGAGAAACAACAUGAUCAAUUAGAAACCCAACUCUCUAAUUUAAUAGAAAAGUUACAUCAAGUACCAACUUCAAGAGUACGGGUUACAAAUACCACAAAAAACAAAGGAAGACGAAAAUAA